CAGUACUAUAUAGCAAGAUGUUUUUUUAAAACAUUUACUGUUUGUGUCAUGUAGGCAUUUUCGAACACUCUGCUCUGAUGAUACACCAAUGGUUCGAAGAGCUGCUGCUUCAAAGCUUGGGGUUAGUCUUGACCUAUUCUAUGGCUAAAAAAGUCUCAUUUGUGUCACAUGAACGUUUGGUUAGAGAUACUUUGAAUACUUUUACGAAUAAUAGCAAACUUAUUAGGACGGUUCUUUUUGCAGGAGUUUGCUAAAGUUGUGGAGUUAGAAUUCGUUAAAACUGAUCUCAUACCUACGUUUACAAACCUUUCAUCUGACGAGCAGGUAUUGUACGUUUCUUUCGUAAUCUGGCCAACCUCACCAUCUUGUAGACGAAGCUAGUAGUAUUAAAAUGAGGUUGAAGUACAUUCUGGGGGACUGUCAAAACACCUCUUGAGGGAAACGGCCAAAACGCAACGACAGUGGAAGAAUGUCUGGAAAAUCGAAACCUUUUUUUAGAGUGUAAGAACUUAUUACUCCUGUACUCCUUUUCUGAACGUAUUAAAGCAAACGCGUAGUGCUUAAUCAGCUGUGCAAAUCGUUCUGGAAUAUGGAGUAUAGCAUUGUUUUGUAUUGAGUCUGAUUUCUCAUUAUAAUCUGAUUUCUCAUUCCCUGAUUUCUCAUUAUAAUCUCGGGUUUACUGUACCUGUGAAAUCCCCAAUUAUAUUCAUUGUAUUUUAUGUGGCAGGACUCUGUGAGGUUGUUAGCUGUUGAAGCUUGUGUCAACAUUGCGUCCAUCUUACCCCCUGAAGAUGUGGAUGCUCUUGUUAUGCCAAUGUUAAGAACAGCAGCUCAGGUAUCGUAUUCACUGUAAAUUCUACACCGCUGCACAUUGUAGCCGUGUUGUAAAAGAUAUACGAUAUACCUUGCGAUUUGUCUUGAUCAAAAGAUUUAAAACGUCCGUAUAUGUCGAUAUUCGUAAGGAAUAAAUGCAGAUACUGUACUUGGUUAGCCUGUGAUUCCUUGCACUCCACUACACCAUUGAAACACAGGCUAAUCCUUGAGAACAAUGGACCUAAAGUUAAUCUAAAUCAACAGGAUUUUCUGUCAGAUAUACAAGCUCUUCCACGAUCGUGAGUCUAUGAUUGUGUUAAUUACGCACUAUUCAUAGUCUUUAUUCAAAGAGUUUAUAUAAAAAUUGUACAUAGACAGUUCAAGACUGUCAGCAUGGUAAACAAUUCUAAAGUACCUUAACUCUUUACACUCCGUGGAUUUUUCAUUGACAAAUACAUUGCUGUUAGACAAGGUACAUGUACUGCAUGUAUAGCUUACUAUUGAUGUUACACGCUGUAGCCUUUUUAUGUUAUUGUUUAGGAUAAAUCGUGGCGUGUUCGGUAUAUGGUAGCGGAUAAAUUCACAGAGGUACAGUAGAGUUUAUAUAUAGAUACACCUAAGAAUAGAUUUACCUAUACGGUGGGCGCACCGCGUUUUUGAGAGCGGAGUACACCAGCAUGUCAAUUCCAGUCUCUUACCUGAAGGAAAACAUUGUCAUGGCCACUAAGAAGCAAAAUUUGUUCAGAGUGAGCUUGUAUUUUAGGCGCAAGUAUCUAGCAUAGAUGAAACGUGUAACAUUGUGUUGGGAUUGGGGGGGGGGUACAGUGAAAUAGAGUCUUGAUACCUUUCCCUAUUUAUAGAUUAAGGAAGAGUUGUGUAGGAUUCUGUAUUCACAAUUUAAUAUUUUCAGCUUCAAAAAGCAGUUGGGAGUGAAAUAACCAAGACAGAUUUAGUACCAGCAUUUCAAAGUCUGCUAAAAGACUAUGAAGCUGAAGUAAGAGCAGCCGCAUCCGGAAAAGUCAAAGGUACAAAAUACAAAUAUAUAUAUCUGGUUAUAUGGAUCCGAUUUAUGCUAGAGACUGGUGGUCCACCUCGUUGUGUAGAUAGGGGCAAAAAGAUAGCCUGAAUAGUGUGAUAGCGGCAAAAAGAAUAGUGAGCUGCCUCCCUGCCCUUGAUAUUGCUGUCUCGCUGCACUCGUGUACUUGUAAUUUUCUGAAAAAUUCCCACCUUGUAUACGAUCACUUUUUACUGCGAUUGGGUAUCAUAAUAAAUCUGUAUCAGAAGAUACACUCAAUCUUGUUGCAAUGGCUAUUGCUUACUUAUAAUUAUCAUUUAUCUUAUCAACUUUGCAAUAUUCUUUGGGAUCUCUGAAUUAAUAAUCUGUUUCAGUUUAAGAACUUUUUUACAGUGAUCUUACUUUAUUUAUGUAGAAUUCUCAGAUAAUUUGGGUGAAGACAUUCGAGAACAGAUAAUAAUGACAAAUAUUCUUCCUUGUGUAAAGGUACAUGUACAUGCCGUUUUUGAUGUUUGCAACGAACAUGCUUUGUUGCCUGAAAUUAAUUGGAAAUUGUAAUUCUUGCAAGCAGUUACACUAACAACUUGUUUCUUUUUAGGACUUGGUGGUUGACCCUAACCAGCAUGUGAAAUCAGCAUUAGCGUCUGUUAUCAUGGGUCUAUCGCCAGUCGUGGGCAAAGACAAGUAAGUUUUAGGCUCGCAUCAUGCAUGCGUAUACAAUUACUUUAUGGUUUCCGUGUUUGGAUGGCCUGAUCCAAACACGCGGGAAUGUUGCGAGAGUUAAGAAAAGCGCGCGAAACACGAGCCGAAGGCGAAUGAUUUUGCGCGCUUUUCUUAACUCGAACAACAUUCCCAAUGCAACAUUCCCAAUUGUUAAAAUUUCACUUUAAAAAACUUUCACUUUAAAUUUCCGUGUUUGGAUGGCCUGAUCCAAACACGGGUUUCGACCAAUCAGAGCACGCGUUAUAUACAUGUUAUUUUAUAAUGUAAAUUACCUUUGGCCUUAUUAUAAGAAUGCAUGAGUAAACUAUGCCCAGGAAGACCUAGCUGGUUGUGGUGGGCAAACCAGCAAACAUUUGUCUGAAACAUUUGCAUGUAUAUAUAAAUUAAUCAUCAUGAGUGCUCUGAGUAUCCAAACACGCAGGCUCAUUUUUCUUCCGCAAUAAUGUUUUUGAAGAGAAACACUUCAGGAAACAUCAAGAUUUUUAUCCGCUACAAUGUUUCGUUGUUUUCCUGGCAUUAGUUGUUAAAGUCCAAGAAUUUAUACUAUUUAUUUGCAAGUCAACAUCUAAUUGUUCCUAAUAAUAACGUAUUGGCAUGUAUAGUGAAAAUCAUUUAGUUAUGCAGGUGAGCUAUGAGAUCAUUUACAUGCAGUGAGGUGUAUUCAAACAUUUCUUUUGUUUAGCACAAUCGAACAUUUACUUCCUUUGUUCCUGACGAUGCUAAAAGAUGAGGUAAAAAGGCUGCAAUAUAUGUUGAAGGGCUUUAGUAAAUGAGAAUUUCGAGUGUCAAUUUUAUAUAUUUUAGGGCGUGCAGUUACAUUUUUCGCAGCUGCUCCUGCAGGGGUGGAAAAAGUAUCGGAACCUGGGAACCUAGUUCCCAGAAAUUUUUUUGAGUUGAGAGUUUUGCAGAAAAUUUUCCAGAAAAUAUUUACAUUUUGAGAUAACUCUGUUACUCAACUUACAAGUUACAACUAUUCUACUUUAUUUACACUGUACAUGCUAACAUCAGCAGCUUUUAAAUAUUUGACAGAAAUGAAUUCUUUUACCCACCCCUGCUAUCACAAUGACUGGUAAAAUGGUGAAUAUAUGCUCUGCAAAGUCUCCAAUAAAAUGCAAAUUAAACAGUAAACAAAUAAAAGUGAUGGAAUAAAUAAGAUGAUAGGACACUUAGUUAAGCAUUAGAUCCUUACUAUGAUGUUUGUGAUGUUAUUCUGAGUGUGUAUCCACACCGGGCAAGCUUGAAAAAUAUGCCUGGCCACGGUGGGAAUCGAACCUACGACCUUUGGAAUACUAGCCCAAUGCUCUGCCAACUGAGCUACGCGGUCAGGUCGGUUCGAGUAUGUGAUAUUUCGGAACUGAGUUCAGUUCCUUCGACAUCAAUGUAAUCCAAAAAUCAUUUUUUGUGUUGGUCAAGGGUGGGUUGACUACAAAAUUUUUGUAGUUCGCUAUAACUACAGCUACUUCAAAAAUAUGUAGUCAGCUACAACUACUGCUACUUUUGAACAACGGUUGUUCGCUACUGACUACAGCUACUGCUUAAAAAAUGUAGCGAACUAUUUCGCUAUUUCGCUACAUUAAUAUUUAGUUUUACUGUAUUUGGAGCAUCUACUAACUCAGGCUGUAAUGUAACCUAUAACAAAUCGACUUACGAGUAGCAACAGUAAACACAAAGCAACAUUUUUGUAAGCACUACAGUGUUCAGGAGUGUAAGUUGACUAUUGAGUAUUGAUUUUACUAGCAAACCGUGUCUCAAUAUCAUGCUAUUCUAUCAAGUUGCUAACAAUUUUAAAAAGUGGUGAAUAGCGAUUCAUUGUUUGAAAAGUGGUCAACUACUUGGCUACUUUUAGGCAAAAUGUAGUUCGCUAUAACUACAGCUACUGUUUUAAAAGUAGUUAAAAACUACUGGCUAUACUUGAAAAUUGUAGUUCGCUACAGUAGGGAACUACAACUACUUCGCUACUACCCACCCUUGGUGUUGGUGUUGUGUACUCAGGUGAAUAUGAUGUUUGUGAUGUUACUCUGAGUGUGUAUCCACACCGGGCAAGCUUGAAAAAUAUGCCUGGCCAUAGUGGGAAUCGAACCUAUAUGACCUUUGGAAUACUAGAUCACAUUGAUGUUGAAGGAACUAAACUCAUUGGGCUAGUAAUCCAAAUGUCGUAGGUUCGAUUCCCAUCGUGGCCAGGAAUAUUUUUCAAGUUUGCCCGGUGUGGAUAUACACUCAGAGUAACAUCACAAACAUCAUAUUCACCUUAGUACAUAACACCAACACAGAAAAAAUCAAGAUCCUUACUAGUUGGUCAUAACUCAUAACUGUGGUAUAUAACAGACAACUAUUGUGAUGUACAUGCGUACGAAAACCAGCCUAAAGCCCAUUAUUACUAAAGUACAAAUAAUACAAUAAUUAUGCAUUUGUUUUGUUAUUUUUGUAAUUGUAACAUUACAAAUUUUACAGAAAAUUUCUAGCCUUCGACCCAGGUUCCCAGAAAGAAAUUUUCCACCCCUGUGCUCCUGGUUAGGUCUAAAAAUAUAUAAAAUAUAUACACUCGAAAUUUCCAUCUACUAAAACCCUUCGACAUUGAUUAUGUCGAGUGAGAUGCCCAAAAUCCUGAUGAAAAGGCGAUAGUAUGCAUUUAGUCGACUAUUGAUUCAGUUUUUCCAGAUUACCCAGAAAAUUCUUGUUGGUAGGGUGUGUUGGUAGAUUCAAACUGUAUGUAAGCAGUCUUCUAAAGUGCAUGUGAAGAGUCUGAGGCGAAGUUAUAGCAUAUAGAGUAUACACAUACCUUACUGUAGUACUCGAAACUCUGUGCAUAAACCACUGUGCCACUCCAUGCCGUGUUUACUGCUGUAUAUUGAGUACUAAAGAAUUAUUUUAGCAUUUGACAUGAAUAUCGGCGAAGUAUAUGGAAAGAGAUGUCCAGUAAUGACAUGCUUCAUUUUUAUUUUACAGUAUCCUGAAGUUCGACUGAAUAUCAUUUCAAACUUGGACUGCGUCAAUCAAGGUAUAUGUCCUCCUGUAAUUAUCCCUAGACCUUCUAGUUAUUAUAUUGUUUUCUUCGAGGAGCUUUUAUUCCGAACACAAUUCGUUGCUGUAUAUAGCUGUCACUUCGUGGUGGUUUCUUAUUGGCUGAUUCGGGUUGCGUUUAUGCAGUCAAUUGAUCAGCAUAUAUGAUCUCCUAUAGUAUGUUGCCAGGUCAUUGGUGUUGGUACGGAAAACAUAUCUUUCUUAUUCCGUUGGAGUUAUAGAAACACUUUUGGAAAUACUAGAAAAUGCGUGGAGACACUCGCUCUUUGAGCUCAUAUAUCUCUUUCCCCAAGCAUCAUUACUGUACGUGUUUCUUUAACUACGACGAAACACGGAAAUUUUUUUAAAUAUAACUUAUUAUUUUGUUUUUUGUUGCAGUUAUUGGCAUCCAUCAGUUAUCACAAUCUCUAUUGCCUGCUAUAGUCGAGCUUGCUGAAGACAAUAAGUGGAGAGUGAGGCUAGCAAUUAUAGAAUAUAUGCCUUUGCUGGCCGGGCAACUGGUAUGUUGUACUGUAUCAUUAAAAUUGUUCAAAUGUUUGUAUCAAUUGUUAAGCCUUCUCGUGGGUGGUAAGUUGGAGCGAAAAAUAAUAUACAUAAUUAAGAGACAGUCAGAAGCAGUUGUAAAAAAUGCAAGUAUAGUCCCUCCUGCAGGGAGCUACAGAUUCCGGUGCAGCGCUCUGACCACUGUUCCCGAUUACUGCAGCUCCUAAAUAUGUAUAUAACUUUUGCUCGAAAUUUCCAUCCACGGAAAACCCCUCAACAUUUUGUUCUGUUGAGCGAGAUGACCAAAUUUUAUGUCAAUUCCUUGUUUUCACUAGGGUGUAGAAUUCUUCGAUGAAAAACUGAAUGCGUUAUGCAUGGCCUGGCUGGUUGACCACGGUAAGCGAAGAACUUAUAUGCAAAUUGCAUGGAUCACUAUUUCCGGAAAUUAGUUUUAAGUAGUAAAGCCUGUUUUCUAUUUGGUUGUGACUGGCCAAGUUUGCCGAUCAGUGCAUGUAACGGGUGUCGGUGCAUGUAUCCCUAAAAAAUCGUAAAGGUUGAUUUAGAUGCAACACACAAAAGACCAUCCUCGUCCCCAGGGCCUCUCGGCCGCACGCGUCCUCCCUAGGCCCUGGCGCAAACGAAACCGGGAGUGCAAGUAGACUUGCAGUAAAUUCUAAAGCGCAUGCUCUUGAAUUGGGACGCUUUAGUACCCGUAACAAUUUUCACAGAGAAGUUUUACGAAGAAACGAAGUAUUUGUUGACAUAUGUUGAUAGAAUAAUUUUGCCGAGCGAAAACUGCUCAACUUCUGGGAAAUAGCAGUUCUCUGAGAAGCCAAUCAGAUCUCUCCCUUUAGUCGUCUAACCCAGAGCCCAAUCUCGUUCCCUAAGCCUGCGAUCCUCGGGAAGGAACGCGAGGCUCUGGGAUAAUCCGUUGCCGGAAGCCAGGAAUUCUGGCUAAGAUUGAACUACGCAUUCCAUUUCAACGGCCAAUCAGGUUCCUCCCUGAAACGGAUUAUCCCAGAGCCUCGCGUUCCUUCCCGAGGAUCGCAGGUUCGGGGAACGAGAUUGCCCAGAGCCUAAUUUUCAACGAGUGACCGAGUGAAAAUGGCUCUGGGGACGAGAAUGACAAAAGACAAGAUAGUUUCAUGCUAUUACACAUUAUUAGUGACCAGUUCUUCGCGACAGCCGUGACUAAAAGGAACCAGGCUUAAUUCAAAGAUGUGAACAUUCUCUGUGUUCCAAUUCCGUACAUUGUCAAAAUGCGUUAUUUGAUUUUGUACCAUAUUUUAGUUUAUGCAAUAAGAGAAGCAGCGACAACCAAUCUAAAGAAGCUUGUUGAGCAGUUUGGUCAGGACUGGGCAGCUGUAAGUAUCUCAUGCGUUUCAUGUCAAUUGCAGGGCAGGGUCGUAGGAAGCAGGGCGGGGACCGUCACCUCCCAAUAUUUUAUAAAGGGGGGCCGGAAUAGCUUUUGCGCUGAUUGGCCAAUUAAUAAUAAUGAUCCAUCCCAACUCACGAAUAGCGUAGACUCGCAAAUCAUAUUGAAAGAAUUAAUGAAAAGGCCUAACGAAAGAGGUAGAUAAGUCUAUUCCUUCAUGAAAAUGCCAUUCCGACGAUCUAGAGACUCCAAAUUUUCCAAAUCUUCCCGCUCGUCCCCGCUACGUUUAUGAAGCUCCUGAAUGCAGGGUGCGAAUUUAACGUUUCCCGCUCAAAGUGCACUGAAAUCCACGGUCAGUAGUGGGCCUCAACUUGGGCUGUGUGGUGUAAUUGCAUAUGCUAUAUAUAAAUGUUAAAAAACUCACUAAAUAACCUGUAAUCCGCCAAGUACAUCGUUUAUCGCUGCCGCAUAUUCAAAAAUUUGGUAAAUAACCGUUUAUGCUUUUACAGUAACAAAACUUAAAACCCACGACCAUACACUUUUAAAAAAUCACGGUCAACCGUGAUGCUUCGCGCGCUAAGUGAAUGUUUACAUAUACGAGGAGUUCAGAAUAGUGUUUUAUAUAAUAACUACAGUGAAACACGCAAUUUGAUUGGUCAAUAGCCGUGUAGGAUCAGGCUAUCCUGCACGAGGAAUUAAAAUGCCUUCGCGGGAUUUUCGCGGGAUUUUCAAAUUGUCAUUGUUUCACUGUAGUUAUUUUAUAAAACAAUUACCAAAUGGUUUUCCAAGCAGGAUAGCGUGAUCUAUGCACUUGGGAUGUUGCUCGACUUUCGGAAAGCGUAAAAAUACACUCGCCUGCGGCUCGAGUAUUUUUACGCUUUCCGAAAGUCUCGCGACAUCCCUCGUGCAUAGAUCACGCAAUCCUGCACGGAAACCAUUCGGUAUUCCUUUAGUCUUCGAAAAUAGUCAUGCACUAAAAAUGAUAUGCAUUAGCUUUAUUAUAAACAAAAAAAUUUAAUACAUUUACCCGCUGGUGUUUUGAUGAAACCCUGAUUCCUGCCCCAUCGCCUGCUACGUUCACGCAGUUCGUUUAUGCUUUGAUGGAGCAGGAUUUCGGCGUACUCGCUAUGCGAAAGCCCCUGUAUUCCCAGGCUUUCUUUCCUUUUCGUCCAAAGGACGGUUGUUCAAGUAUCGUUGAACUUAUCAACGAUAUUCUUUUUGAUAUAUCCUCACUUGUUGGUCUUAAAAGUGAGAAAACUUUCUAAAAUCAUUGGUUAAGAUAAAAACACACGCCAAAAUCUCAAUCAAUGAUCUAUGAAGAAUAUGACAUCGUCUAAGAAUAAUGCAGAUUGAUAAGGAUACGCUUCGGAUGUCAAAAUUUCGUCACUAAAGUGGCGUCAAUAUUUUGUCACUAAAGUAGCGUCAAUAUUUCGUCACUAAAGUGGCGUCAAUAUUUUGUCACUAAAGUAGCGUCAAUAUUUCGUCACUAAAGUGGCGUCAAUAUUUCGUCACUAAAGUGGCGUCAAUAUUUCGUCACUAAAUUGGCGUCAAUAUUUCGUCACUAAAGUGGCGUCAAUAUUUCGUCACUAAAACGUCGACGUUUCGAGCGAUGGCCCUUCGUCGGGAAGGUAGUUGAAACGUCGACGUUGUACUUGUAUUAAUUUUUUAUUAGGUCAGCAAAUCUGUGGAACAGCAUUUUAUCUGACUUGAAAACCUAUGACUCUAUAUCUUUAUUAUGGACCAAUCUUCGUAAAUUCUACGAAUUAUAAAAAAAAACACAUUUUACAGCCCUCCUGGCUGUACUUGACAUUAAGUAAUAUACAGUAGUUGUGGUUGUAAUUUGUGUAUUUUAAUCAACUGCUGUUUGGGGUCAGGUAUCAAUUGAGACGCAAGUCCUCUUCCUUUCCCAGUCACACCUAUGUUGUUUUGUAAGCAUGUUGUCUGUUUGCGCGUUAGUAUUCAAUUAUUCGUGUACUGUAUGCAUACGUAAUGUUUUGUAUUGUGACAAAUUCAUUGAAAUUAAAGUUCGGGUAAAGACCUACCUAAAAUGAUCAUGUUUUGUGAUUGGCUUUCAGAAACAAAUCAGAAACAAAAAUUAUCAUUGUUCGUGACUCGUUCUUUAGAAAGACGAUUUCUAGUUUUAUUAUCUUUCAUUGUUAUAAUCAACUAACCACGAGCCUGGAUAGUAUAGGUAGAUGAUGACCCUAAAGUUUAAAUGAAAUAAUACAUGUGCAGUCUGCAAAGUUGGAAUGCAUUUUUAGAGAGUUGUUGUCUUGUAUUUUAGACUCAAGUCAUCCCGAAAAUCCUCGCUAUGGCCCGAGAUCCUAAUUAUCUCCAUCGUCUAACGACUUUAUUUUCAAUUAACGUAAGUACACAAAAACUGUGUAUAAUGCUGUAAUUUCCACAUGCACAGACGAAUAUUCACAACCCAGAGACCUAUGGUUCAUCAUCUCUAAUAAUCUGUCCGUGUGUGUACAGCAUUGAACUGUUAUGACGAUAACAACCAUGAUUUAUGUUCCCAGAACCCUUCCUAGUACUGUAUAUAGAUCACACUAUUAGUUCGCUAGUUGCAUCAUAGGUCUCCCGAAAAGGUCUUAUUUUUUAAAAUAUCCAUAAAAUUGCUUUAAAAUGCAAUGCUUAUAUUCUCGCUUGAUUAAUCUACGCUGAAACCUCUAUAAUUCGUAUUGCAUGAAGUACAUCUUACACAGUGCAUAGCGUUCAAUCAUGAUUUAUGUAUAUUAUUUCCCCAAAGUUGGCAAGAAAAUACCGAUGUAACACUGUAUACAAAAACUAAAUGACGAAAAUCUCGUACAUAAACAUCUAAAUUAAUUUAAAAAACUAACUCGCCACUCUUUCAGCACAUUAAAAGGAGUGAAUUUCGCGAAAAUUCAUCCAAAUUUUUUACUGAAUUUAGUUAAUUUUUUCAAACUAUGCGGGAUGACAGCCGUCACAAAAUAAAGCCCUCUGAUUGGCCAAGUUUCAGUCCGCCUUCAGCCAGCCAAUCAAAGAGCUUUAUCUUGUGACGUUGGGAUGGCAACCGUCAUCCUGCAUAUAUUUUUCUUGCCAACCUUGGGGAAUAAUAUACAUAAUGAUACAACGCUACCUUUUUGAGAGACCUAUAUGGUUGCAUGGGUUGGAUAGUUUGUCUGGUGAUCGAUCCAUUGAUGCUAGAAUAAAUGGACUGUAAUAUUCCAUAAGUAUAACUUUCAAAAAAUAAAACAACCAUGGUUGUUUUUCUUUCUAAAGGUUUUAGCCGAAGUUAUAGUUGCUGAAAAUGUAUCGAAAUUGAUGUUACCAACGGUAAUAAGCCUAGCUCAAGAUGCUGUAGCAAAUGUCAGAUUCAAUGUUGCUAAAACUUUACAAAAAAUUGGUCCGAAACUUGAAGCAGGGUGAGUAUACAUGAGCUUGGUCUCCAUCUUUUUGUACGUUACGCACCACCCGCUCAAAACUAACGAGCAUAUGUUUUAGUUAUGACUACGUUCAAAAUUUUUUAUUCCCUGUACGUUUCUCAAUCGCCAAACAAACUUUAAAAUAUUUUCAGUGCUUUAUCUGUAACCAUAGUUAGUAGAAAAUAAACAUGGUUUGGAAGCUUGACAAAAGUCAUUGUUCUAUGUUUUUGUCCAAGUUUAUGGAAAUUUGUGCACUCGGAUUCUGUAUGAGGCGAUUACCCAAUAAAAACCUUAGUUUCAAUCGCUGAACCAUAAUAUUUGAAUAUUAAUCAACGCAAGACAAAAGAUGUGUGCACUCGGAAUUACAUUUCAACAUCAGUUGAAGUUUGAAUAGGAAAUCCUUUGAAGUUCACCGGCCUUCCUAACCUUGUUUAUUUCUAUUAACUAUGCUGUAACAUAAUGCUAACAUGAAGAGAUUUUAAUUGAUUUGCCAAAUAUGAUGUGUAAGUUUCACUAAUUACAUUGCUGUAAUAUGCGUCAAUUUUAAAGCAUUAUAAUUGAUAAUUAUUGUAUCUUAAGGUGGCUCGAUACAGUUUUUUUAAAAUGGAAAAUUUGUGAUUUAGCUCCGUAUUUUUGGAAAAGUAUUAACUUGUUGAAAAACAAAAAGCAUCUUACUUAUGUAAAACAACAUCUAAAAAGUUUUGGUUUUGUCGGUUUAUUGAUUAACCGCCUCACCCUUACUAUAGGUGGAUGUGCAAAGCAGAAGUCCAUUAAGAGGAUAAUCUUUGUGUAUAUGUUACAUAACAUGCGAGCAGAACUAAUGAAUUACUUUUUCACUUGGUUAUGACUACAUUCAAAAAUUUUUAUUUUUCGAUACGUUUCUCAAGCGGCAAAGAAACUUAAAAAAGUAUGUUUAGUGCUUUAUCUGUAACAUUAUGCUAAAAUAAGAGAUUUUAGAUGGUACGCCAAAGAGAAAAUUAUGUCUGAAGUUCAAUAAGUUUUGCUUAUAUUGCUGUAUAAAUAUGGCGUCAAUUUUACAGCAUCAAUGAUAAUCUGACCUUAGUCCUGAAAUAUUCCACAAUUUUGUAUACCUGUGUUUUGCCUAGCAAAAUAAAGUAGUUUGUAGUUAAAUCUGUAUAAGACAAAAAAAUUUUGUCGUCAAAUUAAUUGCAUUAUCAAUUUUCAGUAUGGUUCAGGCUCAAGUAAAACCCUGUCUUGAUAAAUUAAACAGUGAUACUGACAUCGAUGUAAAAUAUUUUGCACAAGAAGCUCUCACAGGUAAGGCUAAAAAUAUAUCCGUGACAAUGUUCACUUAUACAUUAGCAACUUUGCUUUAUCAUGAGAAUAUAAAUUAUGGCUAUUUUUUAAUAUAAAUAACGUCAUUUACAUGCACGUAAGAGAAUUAUUGCAUGUUGCAGCAUUUGUUUUGCUUGUAACAAAAUUGUAAAAGGCAACCCAAGUUUAGCAUAUUGUGUGUUAAGUAUUGAGUUAAUAUAUAUAUAUAUAUAUAUAUAAUACGAUCAAAUACCAUCGGGUAAAAACCUGUCAAAUGACGACCUAAAAGCUAUCAUUGCGACCAAAUCAAAUUUUCCCCAUGCAUAAAAUAUUUUUCGAGUUUUCGUUUAUUUGGCCAAAUGUAAGUUGCCUAUGCAUGGGAAGCAUUCAAGACUGCUGAUAUCUCUGCCGACCUUCCGUUUCGUAAAAUGUUUAAAUCACCAAAGUUCGUUGUUAAUCGCGAUUUGAACCAUCUAUCACUACUACGUAAGACAGUAGUUUUGCAACUCAAUUCCCAAAGGUGAGAUAAAAGCAGUCAUUUGAGAGCGAAAGACCUGAUCUUUAUUGGUAUACGAAGAAAGUAAAUCGUGGCGUACGAUAAAACGCUCAAGUUGGUUUACGUUUUUUAUAUCCUGUAAUAAUUAUAGUACUUCCUGAAGAUUUUGCUGACAUCAUCGUUCUUUCCUUUUAGUAUUUUAAAAGUUUCUGAAGAAUUUCUACAACGUCUCCAAAAAUAAUAUGUUGCUAUAUCGCUGGAAAUUGUCCGUGAAUUACAAAUCAAGGUGAAACCUCACGAACUAUUAAGGAAAUAAAUGCGAUGUUCUUUAAAAAACGAAAUCUAUAGUUUCCAGAGAUAACUCUAGGGUUUAAUCAUGGCAUUACCGAACGUCUAUGCGAAACAGAUAAAUCGCUAACUUUUUUUGUACACGCUCAAUCACUGAAGUCAUCUGUUUCGAGUAUGAAAGUGAGUAUGAAAGUGUACUUUCAUUAUAUAGUGUAGAACUUAUAUUAAUCUAUUGCAUGCAUGCAAUCUUCUGUUGAUUUUCUUUGGUAUGUCAGUGUAAAUAUAGCUUGUUAGAAAUCGUCCCUUGUUUUUUCUU